UAAACAGCAUACAUACCUACUUUCUUUUCCGCAUAAAAUAAAAGGAUUCUGCAAAAUCCACACUCCUAAAGUAGUUCAAAAACAUUCAAAUUCUUCUUCUACUUUCCUCACUGUUUCUCAAUUACCUUAGCACUGUUCUUUGACCAUCUUUAAGUACCAGUGUACUACUGAUUGAGGGGUGAGUCCCCUGAUUUAAGGGCAUCAACACUAUAAAGAAUUACUCUCUUUCUUUAACUAACAGGGACCAAAGACUAAGAGAAAAGGUAGAAGAUGAUAGCUCAAGAAAAUGUAGAUGGAAAAUGGAGUGAGAAGAAAAUGGAAAAAGAAGAUGGUUUGAGGACAGUGGAGUGUCUAAGAGGAAGAUUAAUUGCAGAGAGAGCAGCUUCAAGAAAAGCAAAAGAGGAUGCAGAAUUUAUGGGAAACAAGCUGAUUGAGCUGGAGACAAAGUUGAGAGAAGAGACCAGAUCAAGAAACAAAGCUGAGAAGAAGCUGAAAUAUUUUAUGAAGAAGCUCGAAUCCAUGAACAUAUCUUAUGUUUCAGAUGAAUCAGAAUAUUCAAGCUUGUUGGAUAAAAGUGAAAUCUCAUCUGUUACAUCCACAACUGCUAGCAGCACCAAAAAGAUCUGCGAAGGUGAAGAACAAAAUUCCCAAUUUAAAGGCUCUGUGGGCAGUGAGUUUCAAGAUUCUAUUGGGAGUAGAAAAUGCAGCUCUGAAAACUAUAUCAACUUAGAGCAAAAUGCUUUGCAAAUGAUUAUUUUUAGCAAAGAUGAUGACAGUCAUUCUAAGGGUGACCAACUUCUUGGAAAAUCAAGUGAGAUUGAAUUUUCAAAAUCAGAUGGCAAUAGCUCAAAAUCUUCUAGCCAAGAGGAAGGGAAAAUUGGAGAAGAUGAAAGGGAUCUUCAAGAAGACAAUGUCAAUAACUCUUUGACAUUAUUUACUGUAGAUUUGCCAAAACAAAAGGAAACUAUUGAUCCAAUUGUUCUUGAUACUACUGUAAGAGAAGUUCUUGAUGCUCUGAGGCAUGCUAAAGAGAAACUUCAGACUCAAAUGGAGAGAGGACGCACUAUUAAAGUUGGUUAACUUUGACCGUACCACGAGGCCAAUCAGUAUCUAGAGUUAGUGAGUUCAAACUGAACGUAAUCUUAUAAUAUGUGUAUAUAUUUUAAACUUUUUUGCCAUUAUGUAUACGUUUGGCAAAAGCAAUGAGGUCAGCUCAACAAAUUCAUGAAAAGGGAUGUUUCUGCAGACUUCUCUUGCCCAAUUCUAGGUCUUAAAGAUUGUAUCUUAAUAAAGAUAAGCAUUGAGAUGGACUAUAUAUUGGAGAUUUAAAAUUUUGAAUUG